GAGGUGGAGUCCACUUUUUAGUCUACGUGGAAAACACACAGUGAGGAAAACAAUCGUGUCUUCCACCAUGGGCUCCCAGGUGUGUGGAGCCUGGUCUUCCCGCCUACCUGCACUCUGCGCCCGGAUACUUGCUGCCCGGCCCGGUCCGGAGCUCCGACCCGGAGCCUCCACUACCAUCUCGGCCAGAAGAAACCUGAACGUCCAGACUGCAGCUGAGGCCGGAAAACUGAAGAGCAUCGAUGAUUUACCGGGACCAAGUUUAUCCACCACUUUGUACUGGUUAUUUGUCAAAGGAUAUGCAGACAAGAGCCAUUUACUGCAGGGUUUACAGAAGAGUCUGUAUGGACCCAUCUGGCGCUCCAGAUUUGGCCCGUUCGACAUCGUCAAUGUGGCGAGUCCAGAGCUCAUCGCUCAGGUGAUCCGACAGGAGGGUCGCUACCCGGUCCGAGCCGACCUGCCGCACUGGAAGGAGUACAGAGACCUGAGGGGACAAGCCUACGGUCUGCAUGUGGACGUAGGACCGGAAUGGUACCGAAUACGCAGCGCCCUGAACCCCAAGAUGCUGAAGCUACGGGAAGUGUCAGCCUUCGCUCCCAUCAUCCACCAGGUGGUCGGAGAUCUGCUGCAUCGCAUCGACCUCCUCCGAAGUCGCAGCGAGGACCAGACCACCGUUUCAGACGUGGCUGCAGAGCUCUACAAGUUCGGCUUUGAAGGUAUCUCCUCCAUCUUGUUUGAGACCAGGCUGGGCUGCCUACAGGAGGAAAUUCCUCAAGAGACGCUGCGCUUCAUCAAUGCAGCCAACGACAUGCUGACAAUGUCUGAGACGGUGGUGAUUUUCCCACGUUGGAGCCGUGGCAUCCUCCCCUUCUGGAAACGCUUUGUUCAGGCCUGGGAUGACCUCUAUGACGUAGCCCAGACCCUCAUCAACAGGAGAAUCGCUGAAAUCGAGGCCCAGCUGCACAGAGGCGAGCCGGCAGAGGGCAUGUACCUGACAUACCUGCUGUCCUCUGAUAAGCUGACCAGAGCAGAGGUCUACAUUACCAUCACUGAGCUGCUGCUGGGAGGAGUCGACACGACCUCUAACACCCUAUCGUGGGUGUUGUACCAUUUAGCGAGGACCCGCGAGGUUCAGGAUCGACUGUACCAGGAGGUGAACUCUGUGUGUCCAGACAGACGGGAGCCAACCACGGACGACCUGAGCAGGAUGCCCUACCUGAAGGCCGUCAUCAAGGAGACGUUACGCCUGUAUCCUGUCGUUCCUGGAAACGGACGCUUCAUUACAGACAGUGACGUGAUUGUCGACAACUACUGGAUUCCCAAGAAGACUCAGUUCCACUUGUGUCAUUACGUCUCCUGCCACGAUGAAUCAGAGUUUACAGACGCAGAGCUCUUCGUCCCCGAUCGUUGGCUUCGUGGUGAGGUAUCCGGCGGCGACAGCGAUGGCGAUGGCUGCGGCAGGACCACGCCCGGCACCUUCCAGCAUCACCCGUACAGCUUCAUCCCCUUUGGCGUCGGGGUUCGAGCCUGCGUUGGGAAGAGAGUGGCGGAGCUGGAGAUGUACUUUGCUCUGUCCAGGCUGAUGCAGCAUUACGAGGUCCGGCCUGAAGACGGAGCACCGACUGUAGAACCCAAAACCAGAACCCUGCUCAUCCCGUCAAAGCCCAUCAACCUGCGCUUCCUCCCAAGGGCCUGAAGAAGAGGGGCAUCUGAGGGGCCACAGCACAGAUAGUUUCCAGAAGACGAAAAGGACUCGAAGGCUUUUUGUUUUUUUUAGUUUUUUUUAGUUCAGCAGACAAAUUGAAUUUGCACAGCUGCAGCCUGAACAUCUGAUUACUGUUUUUAUUGAUGUGUUUAUCUCUGGACUCCUUGCUCAGACAUUGCCUUCUGCAUGACUGUGUGUGUGUGUGUGUGUGUGUGUGUGUGUGUGUGUGUGUGUGUGUGUGUGUGUGUGUGUGUGUGUGUGUGUGUGUGUGUGUAAGUCACCGCUCUUGUGCUUCAUGUUUGAAAGCUUGCCGACUUGAUGCACUUUGCACAGACGUGUUUAUUGCUGACGUGUGAUUUUAUUUUUAAUUGGUUUUAUUUGUAUCAAAGCCAGAAAGCGUGUGUGUGUGUGUGUGUGUGUGUGUGUGUGUGUGUGUGUGUGUGUGCGUGUGUAGA